ACCAUUAACAGUCGAGAAUCCAAACAAAAUGUCAACGUAACGGACGAAACUCGUCGGCGUCGUGCGGCACUCGAAAACGGAAAGCGGAAAACCACCAAAAAAAAACAAAAGCAAAACAAAAAUAUUCUAAUUUUCGUGUUAUUUUCGUACGCAAGAGAAAAUCCCGUAUUUUGUCGAAGUGCCAAAACAAAAAAUAUUUUAGUGAGCCCGGCGCAUGGAUCUAUUUAUUUAUAGCCAUAACAACAACAACAAAGCAAUUCAGCAAAUAAAAUCUCAAAGGAAUUAGUGCAAAAAAAGAAAAGAAAAGAAUUAAAGUGGAUUUAGAAAUAAAUAAACUCGUUUUAUUUAUUGUGCAAACAUCACAUUGUGCCUAACAAAGUGUUUGUGAUAAGAAGACGUCUUAUCGCAUUUAAUCGCAAUCCAAAAAAUAAAAAGAAAAUAAAAUUAUCAACAAAUUUGAAAGCGAAACAAGUGAGAAUUUUGUGCAAAAAAGUGUUUUAAGUAUUGUGUUUGUCGAGUGAAUCAAACACGAAAAUAUUGCAAUCAACUUUGGAGCCGUUUUCCCUGAAUCUUCCAUCGCCAUGAAGAAGCCAAAAUAAUUAGCCAGAAAACCAAGUCGUAAACGUGCAAAGAAAGAACUCGUUCAACAAGAGUCAAACAGAGAAAGGAAGUGAGCAAUUGGAUAAAGUAAAGAUGACGACAACAACAACACAGACGCUGCAUCAGAAGCGUCCCAGCAUCAGCAACUGGUUCAGUUCGCUGCGUCGCCAGCCAAAGGCCAAGAAGAGUGCGGCAGGCUCUCUUGGGGCACGCAGCGGUGGCAGCUUUGGCAGCAAGCAGCAGUUGCAACGCAGCUGCUUCGAUCUCAGCUCCACGGCGGUGGCAACAACACCUCAAAGCGGAGUUGUGGCUGGAAGUCGCAGCAGCAGCACCUUCUACAUAAGUGCGCCACAGACUGAGGAGGAUCGACGUCGACUGCUGGGCAGUGGCAGCGGGAAUGGAAGUGGCAGCAACACUAGCAGCAGCACUUUGAGCAGCGGCGUUUGUGCGCGUUGCUUUUGCCAUUUGGGCAGCGGCAGCAGCAGUUGCAAGAAGGAGAAGCCGCUGCCGGAGAAGUUGCCACCACUCAUAACAACGCCAGCGACGACUCCUCUGACUGCCACGCCCCGUUCGCCACGCUCGCCUUCGCUGUCGCCGUUCACCAGCGUGGCCACCUAUAAGAUCACAGAACUGCGAGCAGAGUCGCCUCCGCCAGCGAGUCCCACUUUAAGCUCGACAACCGUCAACUGCAGCGAUGUCAGCCACAAGACGCAGCUCCACAGAUUGCAAAGUGAAGAUGCUCGAACGCUGCUCUACAACAUGCGCUCGGAGUUGACGCACACACACAAAACGACAACGACGAGCACUUUGAUUGUGUCGCGACCCGUCGAACUUUUGCUCAACGAGCGAGGCGAAAUUGUGGCCAAGAGACCGCCUCAAGCGCCUCGCAAAACGCGCUCCAAUUCGCUGGGUUGCAUGCUCGAUGUCCAGGAUGAACUUGAGGGGGGCAUUGACAAUGAGGCGCUGCAGCUGGACACGGAGAGGGAGCAGGAGAGGGAGGCGGGCAGCUCGGUGUUGAGCUCGCCGUUGACACCUGAGGCGGGUGAAUUGCGGUUCAUUGAUGACAGCUCGAAUUCGCAGAGUGAAUCGGAGCGCAAUUCAAUCAGUCAGCAGCAGCAGCAACAGAAUAACAACAGCAACAGCAUUGCGGACAACAACAACAGCAGCAAGCAGCUCAAUAACAACAACAACAACAACAAUAGCAGCAGCAGUGAUUACAACAAUCAACAGCUGGCGAAUCUCUGCGAGAGUUGUCGAACGCUCAUCGAGCGAAAUCGCAACAAUGCCGAGCAGAGCAAUGUCGUCAUACUGCGGCGACCACAGCAAAUCAAAGAUGAACUGUGCGAAGUCGUCUCCGAAAUGGAGGCGCUCGAUGUGCCCGAGGACAAGCAUUCCAACAAGGAUAAACAGAUGUCGAUUGGACGCAAAAAGUUCAACAUGGAUCCCAAGAAAGGCAUCGAGUAUCUUGUGGAGAAUCGACUGCUGCGCCAUGAUCCACAGGAUGUGGCGCAUUUCCUCUACAAGGGCGAGGGACUCAACAAAACGGCAAUAGGCGAUUACCUCGGCGAGAAAAACGAUUUCAACGAGGAUGUGCUAAAGGCAUUCGUUGCCCUGCAUGAUUUCACCAAUCUGAUACUGGUGCAAGCACUGAGGCAAUUUCUGUGGUCAUUUCGAUUGCCUGGCGAGGCGCAAAAGAUCGAUCGCAUGAUGGAAUGCUUUGCCCAGCGAUAUUGUCAACUCAAUCUGGAUAUUUUUACCAACACAGAUACCUGCUAUGUGCUCAGCUUUGCCAUCAUUAUGCUCAAUACAUCUCUACACAAUCCAUCGGUCAAAGACAAACCCACCGUUGAGCAAUUCAUCUCGAUGAAUCGUGGCAUCAACAACGGAGGCGAUUUGCCACGCGGUUUACUCGAAUCGCUGUACGAAUCAAUACGAACGGAACCCUUUAAGAUACCCCAGGAUGAUGGCAACGAUCUGAUGCACACCUUCUUCAAUCCCGACAAGGAGGGCUGGCUAUGGAAACAAGGCGGCAGAUACAAAUCGUGGAAGCGACGCUGGUUCAUACUGAACGACAAUUGCCUGUAUUAUUUCGAGUAUACAACGGAUAAGGAGCCGCGUGGCAUUAUACCGCUGGAGAAUAUAUCGGUGCGUGAGAUUCAGGAUCGCAGUAAACCGCAUUGCUUUGAACUCUUUGCCACCGGCGGCGCUGAUAUUAUCAAGGCAUGCAAGACUGACUCCGAGGGCAAGGUGGUGGAGGGCAAGCACACGGUGUAUCGCAUGUCGGCCGCAACGGAGGAGGAUCAACAGGAAUGGAUCAAGCGACUGACGCAGUCCAUCAGCCACAAUCCGUUCUACGAUAUUCUGGUACAAAGGAAAAAGAAGGCGCUCAGCAAGAGUUAGUAUUAAGUGAGCGCUGGACGGGACACGCCUCCAACUUGAGGGGGCGUCACUCUUGUGUAUCUUGGAUCUCAGUGGAACAUUUGCUGUGCGCAAACGCGCCCGCUUGUCUGUGUCUGUGUGGGUGCAGAGUAGUAUGUGUGUGUGUGUGUGUGUAUAGUGUGUAUAUAUAUGGAUUUAUGUAUAACGUGUGUGUAUGAGUGCUCCAAAUUCAUUGUUGUAAUAAGCCCAACGUUUUGUAUAUAAGUAUAUCUCGUAUGUAUUUUGUAGUCUGCGUGCAGCCCUCGUUCGUUUCGUUUUCUUGACUCGAAAGAAACACUACACACACACACCUGAGAACACACACACAAGCUCACACUCACACUGACCACAAACUUUGUCUCUAUUGUUGUGAUAUAAUUUAUUUACAUUAAGCAUACCAGAAAAUUCGAAACAAACCCCGGAGAGAGAACAAAGAAGGUGGCAGCAAAAGCAACAGCAAAAAUAUAUAUUAUACUAUUAUGUUAAACCGAAAGAAAUACAAUUUUCAAUUAGUGCAAAUUAUAUAUGUUAUGAUUAGUCCUCCUAAAUAUGUCUUCAAAACCAUUUAGCAUUAGUUAUCUAUCCUCCUUUCCUCCCACCCACUCACUCUCUCUCUCUCACUUUCAUUUGUGUUUAGUGCUUUGAAACAUAUCCCAGCCGCCUGCUGAAGAAUAUUUGUUACGAGUAGAAAAGAAAGUCAAAACUUAACACAAAAGGCCUUUUUCGCACACAACGAAACUAAGAAAUUAGCCAAGACAAUACGAUGAAGAUGCAUUUGAAGAUUGAAACAUUUCCCUAGAUUACGCAUAUGAACCAAAUAUCUGAAUAGUAAAACAGGUGCCAAGAGAGGCCAUCGACUGACUGACUGACUAUACUAGAAAUAUAUAAAUAAGAAGAUAUUUUGGAAAUGUUUCGAUUGAUGCAACCUUUUGUAUUGUGCAACUAGAAGACCGCAAAGUGUUCCUACGAAAUCGUAGACAAAUGUUUAUUAAAUAAUCCAUUUGUAGCACAGGCGACUUUGGAUACUUUGUGUAUCUGUGAUACGCAUUCCCAAAGCCAAUGUUUCCUCAUCUUUUCUGUUCAUCCCAACACUUUAAUUCUUUCCAAUAUUAUUAUACAAUUGUAAUCGAAAAUGAAGAAGGAUAAAGAAUGAAAGAAGAGUCCCAAAACUUAUUGCAAUACUAUUAUAAACUGUAUCGAACUACACAAUUAUACAUAUGUACUAUAUCAACAGAGUGUGGAAUUAUAAUUGGAAUCAUACAUUCAUUCAACUGAAAGGAUAAAUGAAUGCCCUACUCUCAUACUAUAUAUAUAUAUUGUAUUUCUCUAGACUUAUAGACGUGUACGCAAUAAAUAAAUUACAUUAUGAUUAGAUAAGCACCA